AUGCCGCCAAAACAGCCCCAACGUGAAGCAAAGCCACUAGAGAAGCCCCUGCGCAUCGCCAUAAUCCAUCCUAAUUUCGAGGGUAUGUCGGGCUCGACUCGCUUAUUCCUGAACGCAGCCCUUUCUUUUGAAGCGAAGGGACAUGCUACUACCAUGUUCACCAUAGACUACAAUUUGAAGAAAGAGUGUUUUUCUGAUGAGCACAUGGUAAACAUCGU